GAGUCAGAGCUGAUUUGCAGACUGACAGAAAACGGGUUCAGGUGGUACAAGAAAAAGGGCAAUUUUCCUUGUUCAGAUUUCAUCUAUUCUCCUGACCAUUUCACCUAAUGACAAUAAGUUUAAAAGAAGAAGAGGAAGGGGUGAUAGCUUAUUAUUGAAGAAGACAGAUGGACACAAAUGACAGAAAGAAUGGCAAAGCAUUCACAAGGCAAGUACUUAUCUCACUAUUCUUUUUCUUCCACUGGGCUGUCUCAAAGCACAUCGAUUAUUCAGUACCAGAAGAGAUGGCAAAAGGCUUUGUUGUGGGGAAUCUUGCAAAGGACGUAGAAUUGAAUAUAAGGGAACUGGAAAAACAAAAUGUACAUCUAGUCUCUAUUGCUAAAAUGCACUACUUCAGCAUCAAUGAAGAGAAUGGAAACCUCUAUGUAAAUGAAAAGAUAGAUCGAGAAGUAAUAUGUGGGAAGGCUCCACUCUGUCUUCUUAGUUUUGAAGUUGUGGUUGAAAAUCCUUUGAAAGUUUUUCAUGUAACUGUAUCAGUUGAGGACAUUAAUGAUAAUGCACCAUAUUUCUUGGAAAACAACUUCAACUUAGAAAUAAGUGAAACCACUUUUCCUGGAACUCGAUUUCUCCUUGCAAAAGCUGAAGAUCCUGACAUUGGAAAGAAUUCCCUCCAAAACUAUGAGCUUAGCUCCCAUCUUUGUUGUAAUUUGGAGACUGGAGAGAGAAAAGAUGGAAGUAAAUACACAGAACUAGUGAUUAAUAAUCCAUUAGAUCGUGAAAGUGAACCAUAUAUACAUUUGAUUCUUACAGCCAUUGAUGGGGGUGAACCAAGAAAAACCGGGACUGCCCAUAUAUGGAUUAAUGUCACUGAUGCCAAUGACAACUCACCCAUUUUCACUCAAGAACUCUAUAAGGUCAGAUUGGAGGAGAGUCUUCCAAUAGGGUCCCCUGUGCUCCAGGUUAUUGCUUCUGAUAAAGAUGAUGGUACAAAUGCCCAAAUCAGAUAUCAUUUUGGCAAUAUGCCUGGAAAUAACCAUCCCAUAUUUCAUUUGAAUCCAGUCAGUGGAAAAAUCACACUUAUGGCCCCCUUGGACUUUGAGGAAACUGCAGAAUAUACAAUGACAGUAGUAGCAAAAGAUGGUGGUGGCUUAGAAGCAAACAGCAAUAUUGAAAUAAAAAUAUGUGAUGAGAAUGAUAAUGCACCAGAGAUAAACCUGGUCUCCUUAUUUAGUUCAUUCUCUGAAGAUACUCCACCUGAAACAUUAAUUGCUUUAAUCAGUGUAAAUGACAAAGAUGCUGAUGAUAAUGGAAAAGUUACAUGUCAUUUAGAAAAUGAUAUUCCUUUCAAGAUCCUGCCUUUUUCUAAUAAUUACUACAAGCUCCUAAUAGAUAGACCUCUGGAUAGAGAAAGAAUUUCUAAAUAUAAUAUUACAAUCACAGCAACUGACAAAGGAACCCCUCCAUUGAGUGCAAACAAAACCAUCGUGCUGCAGAUCUCUGAUAUUAAUGAUCAUGCUCCUACCUUCCAGUCAGAGAAGCUGAGAAUACAAUACUGGGUUCCAAAUUUCCAUUGUUAGACGCUCAAGAUCCUGCUUUAGAAGUCAAUUCUGUGCAGGUGCACAAAAUCAAAUGUGGAGAAUAUUUCUUUCUGAGUAUACAAACAAUUUUGUUAUAAAUAUAUUGAAAUAUACAAACAAUUUUGUGAUAAACAAUAUAUUGAAAAAUCACAGUCAAAGCUUCUGAAAUAUUCCACAUGAAUGCAAAUGCAGGGGAAAUGAAAAUUGUAGGAAAUUAAGAUUAUGAAAAUUCUGUACAUUAUAGCAUUGAUGUUCAAGUUCUGGAUGAUGAAGAUUUAUUGGACAGAUCAAUCCAUAUUGUGUUAUAGAUCAUUUCCAUUCCUAA